AUGGAGUUCUUAAUCCAUAAACAUAUCUUCCAUACCCCUCUUCCCAUUUUCUCUUCAUUGGGCAUACUACAAUAAGAAACCUGGCAAGGCAGGAUUGUUUACAACCAGAGUCAAAAGGAUAUCCUCCAAGAAUGGUUUAAACAAAACCCUUACCCUGAUAGAGCUACCAGGAAACAAUGGGCCAAGGAAAUUGGCAUUCCGGAGUCCAAAAUCCAGAUUUGGUUUAAAAACCACAGAUUGAAACAGAGACAAUUGGAAUUUGGAUGCUCCUUAGGAAGAGACAAAACCCAAGGACAACACCAUCACCAGCCUUGCACUCAAAGAACACUUCCAAAAGCAGCCGGACAAGACUGGACAGCCAUCACAAGAUCUCAAUCACACUUCCUACUUCAAGCCUUUCAGAGGAGCCAAUUCCUUGAUAUUACAACCAGGAAAAAACUGGCUAAAAAAACAGGCAUUCAGGAACCAAGAAUUCAAAUGUGGUUUCAGAACCAAAGAUCCCUAUACCAGAGCAGAGCAGAGUCCAUGAAUUCCUUGGCAGAUGGCCCAAAUGGAAGACUAGGAGGGGACCUCUCGGAUACUCAGACUCCCUUGUGGCUCCCAAACCAAGAAAAAUGCCAGAAUCACAAAGAACAGACUGGGACAGGAGUACUGCCGUUGAAGGGCUAUUGUCAGCCUCAUCCUGAGCACCAAGAACACCAGCUGCAGGGUCUGGAGCAGGUGGACAUACCUUACAUUCUGCAACGAUGGGACGAGGUCUGCCAGGCUCUCACUGCAACAUGA